AAGGUGCACUGUUCAGUUUGGACCUUGACUUGGCAACAAGAAUGAAAUCCUUCUUUGUAUAAAAAAGGGAGAAAGACAUUUAAAGAAAGCGUCCAAAACCUGGAUCUUUGAAGAGCCAAACUUGCUUCAGAUAUGGAUAUGUAUAGACGAGCAUCUAUGCGUUUGUUGCUGUGUCUCCUACUGCUUUUAAGCAUCUUCAGUGAUGUCACAGCUCUAAUUUCUAAGCAGUGCAUAACCUUUGAAGAGCAUCUGCUUAGUGACAUUGGUCGGACAGUUCCCUGUACCCACCUCCCAGAACUGGGUCCAUAUGGAGAAUGCAACAUCAAUGAUUUCCAAACUGAUCUGUCAGAGGUUCAGCAAGAAAUCAGGUCCCUGUGUAUCUUCACUCAUGCCAAGGUUAUUCCUGCCAAUGCUUUCUCACGUCUCACAACUUUGCAAUUCCUCUAUAUAACUGGACACCAGGUAAGAAGGGUCCAUUCUGGUGCCUUUUCUGGCCUUCUUAACCUUAAGUAUCUGCAUGUGUAUUUCAAUGACAGCGGCUGUAGCAGUGUUAUAAUGGACACUCCUGUGUUUGCUGGAUUGGAUCAUGUGGAGCAGCUGUCCUUGGAAGGUCUUAGGUGGUCUGGAGUUCCUAACACUACUUUUGAUCAUCUUGUUGGCUUAGUUAGGCUGGUUCUGGACACGAUUUGUGUUCAGGAACUUGGAGAGGUUUUGUGUCGUUUUUCAAAUGAUACAUUCCACUUGAAACACCUAACGUUGAAGAACAGCGGGAUCACUUCCAUCAGGAGUACAGGCUGCCCGUCAAGGUCCAAGGCAUGGCCUUUGACUGUGCUUGCAGAGGUACAAACUCUAGAAAUCACUGGGGACCCAAUCAGAAUCAUUGCGACAAACUCUUUAGCAGUGUUUCGAAACCUUUCAAGUCUUACCCUAAGCUUUUAUGGAGUAUGGCUGGGAAGCAUUUGGGAGUCUGGAAUAAGAAAGGUCAGCAAGCUUGAAUUGUCAGGGAUUACCCUGAAUGAAUAUCAUACAAAUUUCAAGGACUUGUGCCAUCUAGUUUCUCAAUUGCGUCUUCAGUCUCUUGAGCUAACUCAUGUAACAUUGGACACAUUGUCAAAAGAAGAUAUAGACAACUGUGGGACAGAAUUAAAGAAGCUUAGUGUAUGUAAUUCAAAAAUACAGCACCUGGACCCAAGGUUCUGGACAAGCAUAGCAGGAUUACAGAUCUUAAACAUGGCUCACAUAGAACUAACUACAGCCCCCUUCUGUUUUGCUGGCAAUGGAACCAUGUGGAAUUUAACUACUCUGGGUCUUUGGCAUAAUCGGCUAACAGUGGUCAAAACAAACCAGUUUAUUUGCAUGCCUCUGCUUGAGCAACUUCUUCUCAAUGACAAUUGGAUCAAAAUCUUGGAACCCGCAGCGUUCACAGGUUUGUUUCACCUUAAGGUUCUCAAACUUAACUCAAACCGCAUCAAAGUGCUAGCUGUCAAUGAUUUUGACUCUCUCAGAGCUCUUGAAAUCUUGCUUAUUGACAACAAUGUGAUUGAGAAUAUUGAGCAUGGAGUGUUCAGAAACCAGGACGAGCUACGAGAGCUGACAUUGGGAAGACUGGAGUAUGUCUACACUUUGCAUCUGAGUGUGCUAUUUUACGGAUUUCCAGAGAAAAUGCAACGUCUCUGCAUUGAUGCACAUUACGGGACUAAUAUUUACAUUGGUAGUAUAGGUCAACCCAACAGUUCCUUCAUAUUGGAGUUAAACGGAGACAUUCUUAUUAUCAGUGAUUACUCUUCUCCCUUCUUUGAAUCUGUCCGAGAGCUCAAACUGAACGGCAGCUUAUUCCUUUUUAAGUUGUAUUUUUUUGUGCCUUAUUUUUCAAAUUUAGAAUCGUUGGAGGUCUUGGGGAAUCCUGAGAAGGUAUACAUUAAUUAUAAUGGAAUCAGCAAAUUGCGGUAUCUCAAGCGGCUCAAACUUAUCAAUCUCAACUUCUCCAAUCACACAAAUCCUGACAUAACCUUCUGGAACCUAAAACUGCUCCGUAUCCUCGUACUUUACAACUGCCGCCUGAGUUUCCUGACAAAAAGGAUGUUCAGGGAUCUGCAGUCGCUAGAACUGUUGCGUCUGCACAGUGUAAGCCCGUUGAUCCUACACGAUGGGAUGUUUGAUGUACUACCUGCUUUGAGAGAGGUUGUGCUGGACAGAGUGGACUUCCGCUGUGACUGUGAAAAUGGCUGGCUUUUAGAAUGGGCGGAGAGUUCACGCCAAGUGCAGGUGAUCUAUAUGCAGCAUCAGCAGUGCAUUUUGCAAUAUGAGAAAUGGAACUUCUUGGCCACCAUGGAGAAGCUGUGUCAAACAGGCAUGCAGUACCUGUGCUAUUUGGGCACAGCCAGCACCAUCACUCUGUUGGUGUCAGCUUCUGUCUCCUACCGCUUUGCUUACUGGCCCUGCGUGGUCCUCUUCUUUCGCCUGAGAGGGUACGUGGAGAGGAAAAUCGGAAGAAGGAUAAGGAAAAGGCGGAGACCUAGGCAGGAAGAGGACUACCUGGAGGAGGAAGCGGAAAUGAAAUAUGAUGCAUUUGUAUCAUUCAGUAGCCAUGAUGAAGCCUGGGUCUUUGGGGAGUUGGCUCCAAGACUGGAGGAGCAAGGCCAGCCAAGACUGAGACUCUGCCUGCACAACAGAGACUUUGAGGUGGGAAAAGGCAUAGUGGACAACAUUGCGGAGAGUAUCUACAGCAGUCGGCGCACAGUGUGUGUGCUGACUCGGCGCUAUCUGCGCAGUGACUGGUGCGGCCUGGAGAUGCGAAUGGCGACACACCGACUCCUAGAAGAACAGAAACAUCGCCUCAUUCUCAUCUUCCUCGAGCACAUCUCCCCCUUCGAGCUCAGUGCUUUCCACCGCCUGUCCAAGCUGGUGAAAUCACACACAUAUCUGGACUGGCCGCAGGACGAGAGUGAGAGGAUUCACUUCUGGGAGCGCUUGAGAAGAAACAUUGCUGCUGAAGGCAGAGAUAUAUAGGGUGGUUAAAUAGUACAGUGAUUUUAAAUGGGUCAUUCUACAGAAACGUCCACUUUU